AUGGACUUUUCGUCUGUGGACGUUGCGACCUACACACCCGUAAUUCUGUUGCACGGCUUACUGGGAUCUAAGCGAAACUUUUCUACUGUAGCUCAGUCGCUUGCGGUGCAGCUGGAAAAGAAACGGCGUAUUGUAGGUCUGGACUUGCGCAAUCACGGUACGGUUCGGAGAAGUGAAAUGAAUUACCGGAAUAUGGCGAGUGACGUCUUGCACUGGAUGGACUCGCACAACAUGCCGAGCGCCAUCUUGGUCGGCCACUCUAUGGGUGGCAAGGUCGCCCAAGCUAUUGCUCUAUUGGAGCCUCAACGCGUCGAAGGACUUUGCGUCCUGGACAUUGCCCCCGUGACCUACACUGCGGAUGAACCGCACUGGAAAGCGGUUCAAGAUAUUGUCCACGUGUUGCAAACGAUCGAGUUGAAAUCCGGCGUGACGAAACGAUCUGUUGACGAGCAGCUGCGGGUGGAUAUUCCAGAUCCAGCAUUGCGAGCCUUUUGUUUAACCAACAUUGAUUUUACGACGGGUCGAUGGAAAAUUCACUUGGACGCCAUUGCCUCGCAAUUGGAGCGCUUGGCUGGUUUUGACGUCGACGACUCCCUGCAGUACGAAGGCGACACCUUUAUUAUUCAUGGGCAGCAAUCGCGGUUUGUUCGGCACGCCUACAUGGACACAAUUCGGUCGUACUUUCCCAAUCACAUGUUGACAACGAUACGUGGUGCUGGACACUGGGUUCACGCCGAAGCACCCGAGGACACAACAGCGUUGCUCAAGCGAUUUUUGGAUCGGUAGCGAGAUGUUCGACCAGAGCACACUAUCCUCGUGACAAUAGAACCUAACCAGUGAGUGGUAUUGUAUGUAU